GUGCUUCGCACGAAAGAGAGUGAAGAAGAAAGAAAAAAAAAUAGGGAAAGAAACACGGAUGCUUGAAAUUAUGUGCGCGGCGCGGUUCGAGGGAGCGAGGCACGGUGACGUCAUCGGAACGGAGGCAGAGCGGAGCUGAAUGAAAUCAGCAGCAUCAGCAUCAGCAUCAUCCUGAUCAUCAUCGGCAGCAAGAGCAGCAGCAGCCGCCCAGGGCAGCCCAGCCUGUGUACAGUGUGUCUGUCGGCAGCCAUCGCACCGUCCGCGCUCAUCCGCUAUCUGCACGCAGUCAUCAUCAUCAUCAUCAUCAUCAUCGGCGUCUUGCGCUGCACCUCCGCUCCGGCCCGAUCAAGAACGGUAAGUAAGCAAAGAUAAGAAGUAAGAUGGCCACCUCCUCCUCCUCCAAUCUGGAAGAAGACGAGAGUCUGAAGGGCUGUGAGAUGUUCGUGCAGAAGCACAACAUCCAGCAGAUCCUGAAGGAGUGCAUCGUGAACCUCUGCAUCGCCAAGCCCGAGCAUCCUAUGAAGUUCCUGCGGGAGCACUUCGAAAAGCUGGAGAAGGAAGAAUGCAAACAAAUCCUGGCACGCCAGAAGUCCAACUCGCAGUCGGACUCCCACGACGACGAGGUGUCUCCGCCGCCCCCAAACCCGGUGGUGAAGGCCAGGCGCCGCCGUGGUGGGGUCAGCGCCGAGGUCUACACCGAGGAGGAUGCUGUCAGCUAUGUCCGUAAGGUUAUCCCCAAGGACUACAAGACGAUGACCGCCCUGGCCAAGGCCAUAUCUAAGAACGUGCUCUUCGCUCACCUUGAUGACAAUGAGAGAAGGUGAGGAGCCAAGGGGCCUUUU